AUGGACCUUAUCGGGAAACUGAAGAUCACCAAAAAUGGAUCCUCCACCAUUGCUACCACCUCCUCCACCACCACCACAGCCUCAACCACAGCCUCCACCGCCUCCACCACCACCACAGCCUCAACCACAGCCUCCACCGCCUCAACAGCCUCAACCACAGCCUCCACCGCCUCCACAGUCUCAACCACAGCCUCCACCGCCUCCACCACCACCACAGCCUCCACCGCCUCCACCUCCACCACAACCUCAACCACAGCCUCCACCUCCACAGCCUCCACUGCAGCAAUGGCGUCUACCUCCACCACAGCCUCCUCAGCCUCCACCGCAUCCACCACAGCCUUAACUACAGCCUCCACCACCUCUACCUCCACCACCACCACAGCCUCCACCACCGCCUCAACCUCCACCACAGCCUCCACCAUUGCUACCACCUCCUCCACCACCACCACAGCCUCAACCACAGCCUCCACCGCCUCCACCACCACCACAGCCUCCACUGCAGCAAUGGCGUCUACCUCCACCACAGCCUCCUCAGCCUCCACCGCCUCCACCACAGCCUUAACUACAGCCUCCACCACCUCUACCUCCACCACCACCACAGCCUCCACUGCAGCAAUGGCCUCUACCUCCACCACAGCCUCAACUGCCUCCACCACAGCCUUAACUACAGCCUCCACCACCUCUACCUCCACCACCACCACAGCCUCCACUGCACCUCCACCACAGCCUUAA